AUGGUUAAUAUUCACGAUACUUGUAUACCAUUAAUUGAUUAUAUUGAAGCUGAUUCCUCAUCGGCUACUAAACAGAGUGACUCGAUGGACAUAGUUAUAUUACCAUCUACAACGACGACUACUAUGAAUUCAAAUGUUUCCAACGACAAAAAAAUUCAUAUUAAAAAUCUUACUAAACACAAUAUUCUCAAUAAAAAAUUAUUAUCUAACAUUAGUCGUCGACUAACCAAGCGAAAAAACUUGCAUAAACAACUUUGUUUCGUGACUGAUAUCAUGUGUUUUCUUGGUAUUUUGGGAAUUAUUCUUAUGAUUAUUGAAAGUGAAAUAACAUUUUCUCAAGUCAAUGAUAAUGAUACCAUAUCGAGUUGGUCUCUCAAAAUAGUUAUAAGUUUUUCAACGAUUGUUCUCAUUGGAUUUGUCUUUCAAUAUCAUCAUUUAGAUUUAUCUCUCUAUGCUGUUAAUAAUUCAAUUGAAGAUUAUCGUGUUACACUAACAAAUCGGAAAAUAUUUUUAAUUCUGCUUGAAGUAUUGAUUUGUGCUAUACAUCCUAUACCUCGCUCUAUUCCUCAUUAUUUGAAAGCAUUAUUAAAAAAUCGAGAUCCGAAUUCAUCCACAUCUACUCCUUAUACAUUGUCUCAUAUAGAUAUUGAUGUUGCACUUGGUUUACCAAUGUUUGCUCGUGUUUAUUUAUUAUGUCGUUUUAUUAUGUUUCAUUCUAAUUUAUUUCUUGAUACAUCAUCACGAUCUAUUAGUUGUUUUAAUAAAGUAUCAAUUGAUUACAUCUUUCUUAUUAAAGUUCAUCUUCAACAAUAUCCGAUUCGUUGUUUAACAACGAUUUGUAUAAUUGUCUUUAUUAUUGGAAGUUGGUGUUUACGUGCAUGUAAUUAUUUACCAACC